AUGCUGUGGUUUCUUGUGUUCGUGGUGGCUGUAUUUGGCAUCCUUUCCACCACCAACGUACUUAACUAUGUGUUGAUCAUUUUGCAACCACUUGACGAUCCAAACGUAUGUCCUGUGUUCGAACCAUUGGCACCUGACAAUUUCUAUAUUGACAACUCCACGGUGGUGAAAAUCUUGGAAGAUCCAGUUUAUCGCCUUUGGUCGGUGGGGAAUCUUGCAGGUGCAGUUCAGGUCGACACUCAGGUGGUGGAUCAUUUGCCUGAUGUCGAUGAGGCUCCCGAAUUAUGGAGAAACUUUGGUGAUUUCCAUAGCUACUUGGAAAAGGCAUUUCCUAAGGUCCACGAGGUCCUGGAAAUCUUUAAGGUCAAUACUUAUGGCUUAGUGUUCUACUGGAAGGGUCUGGAUGAGAAAUUGAAGCCAUUGAUGCUCACAGCUCACCAGGACGUUGUUCCCGUCCAAAAGGAGACCUUGAGUGACUGGACUUAUCCACCAUUUGAGGGACAUUAUGACGGCAAGUACGUCUACGGUCGUGGAGCAUCCGACUGUAAGAACUCGUUGAUUGCGGCAUUGGAAGCCGUGGAACUUCUUAUUGGCGAGGGAUAUACUCCUACUCGUGGUGUGGUGAUGGCAUUUGGUUUCGAUGAAGAAAUCUCAGGCGUUUACGGCGCUCAAACUUUGAGCAAGUUCUUGGAGGAAAAAUUCGGCAAAAAUGGAAUCUACGCUCUCAUUGACGAAGGUCCUGGUUUGUUGAUGGAUCCCAUCACGAAACAGCUUGUUGCAUGUCCUUCGACAGGUGAGAAAGGAUACGCCGACAUUCGGGUGGACUUGAACAUGCCCGGCGGUCAUUCUUCCGUGCCACCUGACCAUAGUGCAGUGGGAAUUAUGGGCGAAUUGGCUUACAACAUCGAGCAGGAUCCAUUCCAACCACAAUUGAUCGAAGGAAACCCCAUUCUCGGCUAUUUGCAAUGUUUAGCACUGAACAGUGGUGAAAGGUUGUCUAAAUUACAGAGGAAGGCUAUUCUUCGUGCUGGUUUUGACAAAUUGGCCAACCUGAAGGUGGUGGAGAUGUUGGCUAAGAGCAGACUCACCAAAUACUUGAUCCAGACCUCUCAGGCCGUGGAUUUGAUUAACGGCGGAGAGAAAGCCAAUGCAUUGCCCGAAAACGUGUAUUUGGUUGUCAACCAUAGGAUCACCGUUGGCCAAACAGUGGAUUUCGUCAAGUCCCACUUUGCUUCGCGAGUCAGAGCCAUUGGUGAAAAGUACGACUUGGAGGUUUCUGCAUUUGGCAAAACAGUCUAUACUCCCGAGAAGUCCAAGGGUGUAAUUAAAACAGAGCUCUUCUCCGAGCCUGUUUUGGAAUACGCUCCAGUUAGUCCUGCUGACGACAAUGUCUGGGAGUAUUUGGCUAGAACCACUAGACAUGUUUUUGAGAACUUAGUCCUCAAGAACUCGACGGAUUAUCCGAUCAUAACUGCUCCCAGCAUUAUGCCUGCCAAUACUGACACAAAGUAUUACUGGAACCUCACUAAGAACAUCUACAGGUACCUGCCUAUGAUUGUCAACCUUUUGGAGAGCAACAUCCAUAGUGUGGACGAGAAGAUUGAGUUUGACGGGCACUUGCAGUUGACAGCGUUCUACUAUGAGUACAUUCAGAAUGUGGAUACUGCUGCAGCAGACAAUAAAUAG